AUGAGCGCGAGGAUAGGAGUGAGGGUGGGGGGAGUGGCGAUAGAGGACGACGCGCUGCUCUCGGCCGGGCAGCCACAUGCGGCCGACAGACUCCUCCGCCAGGGGUUGCAGCAAGGCUACGACCCCCUUGGGGGCGCCACCUACGCGCACGCCUGCUACACGCAGCAUUCCACCAUGCUCAGGGCUUGGGGUAGUGAGGGUAUCGCCAAGGCGGACGCCUUCUGUUUGAAUCAAUUGGAUAUCGCGAAAAAGGCCAGGCUUACUGGAAAGGAACGUCCGAUGAAGCGUGCAACGAGAACUCUGGCCGUAGCGGUACGGGCGCAGAUUGAGGAUGAGACGGAGGGAAGGGAGCUUCUGGAGCUCAACCCAGGCGACAAGGAACGAUUGUGGGAGGAAAUAGGGCUCCUUCUAAAGUGAUAUAUAGCUCCUCGCUGCUUGUUGGCAACUACGUCGACACUCAGCUCGGCUUCGAGUUCGUCCGCGCUUUUGGUGGUGAACCGCAGGAGGG